AUGAAAUCUGAAAACCUUGCCAUGGGUUCUCGACAUCCCCAUUACCUUUCCAAUCAUGGACGGCUCCAUAGCCUUUCCAGCGAAAGCGACACCGAUGAAGAUGGCGGGCAGUCAAUAAAGGAGCGCUACCCUCACCUUUUCAGGAAGAAGGAGAAAGUUCAGAAUCGCCGUGCCAAGAAGAAGAAGGAAGCUUGGAAAUCCCGUCACUCUCCGGAACGUGAUUUUGUUUUUUCGGGUAUUGAUCCGGAAACGAGUAUUAAUUCCGAUAGCGCCAGCAGCGUCGGCCUAGAGAUCUAUCCUACCGUGGAUGAAUACGGCCGAUUUUAUGGUCCUGACCCUCAUCGAUCGUGGAUGCCCGAUGUGGCUCCCGUGCUAUCUUGCCCUUUCCCAUCUGAAGAGAAUGGACUCUCCACUUUCGCCUUCCAGUUCGGGAAUAGAGGAGAAAUCAUGCUAGCUGCUAAUCAUUCAGCACCAGGAUCAGCUUUUAUGGAGAACGUUUUUGCUGUUAAUUCUCGCAUUAUAGGAACCAUCUCUGGUGAGGGUGAGGCCUGCGACCAUGCCAUCAGAGUGUUACUUCGCCAUCUGCGUUUCAUUAUCCGCCAUGAAGAAGAAUCUGUUUUGGUUACUGCACUGUUUAUGGUUGACUUGCUGCGCCAAAUUUCUGCUGAAUGUGAAUCUCUCUAUCUAGUGGUAUUGAUUGCUGGGUGGGACGAGAACAAGAAGUGUGGUGAGUUGUAUCGUGUGGAUAGUAAGGGGGUAGUGAUGAAUGGUCAUAAAUUUGCUACUGGAUCCCAAUCUGCAUAUGCGUAUGUUGCUCUUGAUGUGGGUUUACUAAUUAGAGGGAACAAGCGCCGAGCCACUAGAUCUGGACUUGAACCCGCCAACUUUUUCCCAUACGCCGAGAAAUAUGCCGAUUGGUCUGUUUGGGCCGCUGAUGAGACUGGAUGGUGGGCUAGUAGAACUGUAUACCGUGUUGCAUCUAAAGCUCUUGAUGAACGUUGUUAUUUUGCCAGUGUGUACAAUAUUGGACCCAAUGGGUGCAAGACUCUUCGUGAUGACAUACAUGUCAUAGAGGAUGCGGUGCAAGGCCCGGGGAUGACCUCUCUUUCCUAA